AAAUAAUAAAAUAUUCCAAGAAAGCCAUCAACCUCACAUAUUCAAUUGAAAUGAAAAUGAAAGCCCUCUCUAAAAGUCUUUAUUCAAAACUUUUGAAAAUAACAUGCUAAUUAUCUCAAUGACUAAUCACCUAAAUCAUCUUAACUUCAUUAUAGUUUUUCCAAGAUCAAGAAACCUCAUCAAGACACAAUUUUUAUCUAUCAAAUGGCCAUGAUGAACACCAGAAAGUUAUUUCAAAUAGUAACAAACCAAUCUGCAGAUUGUAUCUAUGUUUGUGAUUCAACAUGUCCUUAUGCUUGUUAUCCAUAUGUAGAUUUAGAUUAUUACAUACCUCCACCACCACCUCCACCGUCGUCGUGGCUGCAGCCUCAGUUAAGUAGCAAACAUCAUCAGAACAUAUCACCUUAUGUGAUAAUAUCUGUUGCCUUGUUUGCUAGCUUCUUCAUUCUUGUCAGCUACUAUUUGAUCAUUGUCAAGAAUUGCUUCAACUGGAACAGGAGAAGAACCCCAACAGCACAAGAUGAUGAAUUUUUCGACGAAAGUCGAGCUCCUGUUAUUGAUCAUCCCAUUUGGUACAUCAACACUGUGGGUCUUCAGCCAUCUGUUAUUAAUAAGAUUACCAUUUUCAAGUAUAAAACAGGGAAUGGUUUGGUUGAAGGAUCAAAUUGCUCUGUUUGCUUAAAUGAAUUUCAAGAAGAUGAGUCUCUUAGAUUACUCCCUAAUUGUAAACAUGCCUUUCACAUCUAUUGCAUAGAUACAUGGCUAAGAUCACACACAAAUUGCCCUUUGUGUCGUUCAGGCAUUUUAUCGAACAGUUUGAAUGCACCUGCUUCGGUUCCAAUCGUGUUGAAUUUAGGUGCUCAUUUGAGUACCAGUGAAGAAAGGGUACUGGAAGAUGAUGAACAGAGACAAGUGAAUAGUAACAACGAGGUAGUGAUUGGUGAGAAUGGGGUCAAUCAACAGGAGUUUUUGCAAGUUGAGAGAGGUUGUGGAGAUGGGGAAGUACAGUCAAUUAGGAGAUCAGUUUCAGUGGAUUCAUCAAUUAGUUCUAGUAGAGGUCUUGAUAGUAUGUUUCUGUUGUCAGGAGGAGAAGCUGUUGGUGAAAAUUCAACAUCAACUCUGCAUAAAGAAGAGAUGAAGAGAUCCUUUUCUUAUGGUGGUAGGUCGUUUUUCUCAAGACAUAAUCGCAGUCGAAGUUCAGUGCUUCCAUUGUGAAACAUAGCUACUUGGAUGGAAGUUGAAGAUGAUAAAUUGUGAAUAACAUCAAUGUUAGGUUUUAAAGAUGACCAUUAUGAAACAAGAGGAAGAUUGAGUA